AUGGACCGAGCGACUGGCCUGUGCGACGCCUACGUGAAGCCGCAGCUGAAGGGCGUGACCUUCGAGCCUGUGCAGACUCAGACCGCGAGGAAGACUCUGAGCCCCGUCUGGAACGAGCAGCUCAAGUGUGAUGUGACCGACGACUGCCUUCUGCAGGAUGAGCCUCUCCAGCUUAGGAUCUUCGACUACGACGUUCUCUCUGCCGAUGACGUGAUUGGAACGGUAUACGUCCACUGCAGCAGCCUGUACGAGGGAGACAAGGUCAGCAUCAAUGCCAACAGGUCGGAGGAUCAUCAAAAGCGGCAGAUCUAUGGAUGGUUCCCCAUCUACGACACGCUGAGAGGGAUCUGCGGAGAGUUGCAGGUCAAGGUCUAUAUUCAGCACAUCAUGGACUUCAACCCUGUUGAGGACUCCUCUGUGGGAAUUUCCGUCUUGUCUGCAUCCGUACCCCCAGAAAGUUUUUACGUGGCUGGAAUCCAUGGGCUCGUGGACGAGCUUCUUGUGGAGGAUGAUCCGGAAUACAACUGGCAGGACAACUUCAGAUCGUCGAGAUCUUCCAAUGAUGCGAGGCAGUUGUUGAUGCUUGUGAUGGACGGGCGACUUCGCCGCCAGAUUGGGCGCAAGGUGACAGACUGCGGAGGGAAUGCAUUGUUGGGCUAUCAGGCACAUUUUGACCUCGAAGACAACUUCAUCAUCGCACGCGGCAUCGGCACUGCCGUGACGUUAGAGCGGAGGGACACGGGACAAAUGAACCACAGCUUUUCUACCGGACACGCUGGAACCACAAACACUCUGGCGUCCUUGAACAACUCGCUGCCCUCCAGCACCGUCGCUCCUCCGAGCAGCGCUGCGGCUGUCGGCAAUGGCUCCGAUCCUGUGAGCGCAUCACCGCUGGUUGUUGACGUGGAGAAUCAUCCAGCGAUAGGCACCUUGCAACAGCUCUCGUUGGAAGAUGUUCCCAAGUUUCAAGAGAACGCUUCCCCUUCUGUCCGAUUCAUCCCAGCAGACAAUGUCUUGCCAUCGUUGAAAGAGCUAGAGCCUCUUCCGCAAGCACAACUGAGGACGUUGCAUCGGAGCAAACGCGAGCACUUCAGGGCCAACCUAAGGCUACAAGACAUUGAGCUGUUCAGUUUGCAAGAGUUCCCUUCAGGAACUGUCUGCUUCAUCGGUGGGAUGGUAGCUGCUAGAUCUGUCAAGGUGGUUGGACAAGCUGGGAAUCAAGAAAAGGUUGUUGUUACGCGCGAUGCAUGGUGGAAUGAGCUUAGAGAAGAGAUCAAGGCGCAUGCCAGGUCACUGGAUUGUUGCCAUGUCAUCGGCUAUACAGAAACAACCACCAUCACUGAGGAAGGCGUCUGUGUUCUAUCUGCGGCAGGUACAGCAGCGAUCCUAGACACAGGCAUCUCCGGAUCGCGAAAACCAAAUUUCAACGUGGGGACUCUUAGCCCAAGAGAAGAGACUCCGAAUAUCCCUGACAUGAGUGGCCAUCGGGCGUCUUCGUGCUCUCUUUGCCACAUCCCGUAUUCUCACAGAAGCCCUCCAUUCUCGAUGAGGCUUGUACUCUGCAAUAUCUGUGGGAGGAAAUAUGUUCCUGAUGUCAUGCUGUGUACGGUAGAACUGCCCGAAGAACUCGAAGUUCAGGGACGUGGCGAAAUGCUGGAGGUGCAUGUUUGUCGGUCGAUAUCGGGGGAGAGGAGGGGGGUGGAAAUUAAUGCCUCCAGAGUUAGCGAGCUCAUGCCCUUCCUGGAGUAUGAUGUACAUAAGCAGAUCAUGUCGAAACUCAAGAUUAGAGCUCACAACGCGGUGUUUGCUCUUCGUCUACAGCUCUGCAUCAGUGAAGGCUUGAUUGCUUGCAUGGCGACGGGAACCUCCGUGCUGCUUGGAGCUUUGCCCAUCCCUCAACCUCUCAUGAUCUCCAGAGCAGACAGAGAUGGAUCCCUCGGACCGGGAAAUGCAGCGCACAGAAGGCUCACCUUGAUAUCUCGUCUUGUGGAGCUUUCGGAUUCGAAUCGAGCUCAAGCUUACAAAUUGCGCGAGUCUUUGAGAUCAGAUACGGCUGACAUUUCGGACUCAGAUAGCUCGGACUCUUCCUCUUCCUCCUCAGAUGAUAGUCAAGACAACGCUGCCAAACCCGCAUACGUGUUAGAGAUCGACGACGACCAAGGAGAAAAUGACAUCGUUGGACUUCUCGACGAGUCUUCCGGUUUCUGCCUUGGCGUUUGUACCACUGGAAGGUUGCCAACGCCAAUGCAAAAUCCCCUCGCCCAGCUCAAGAACAUUCAGCUCCUCUCCUACUUCCGUCGCGUCUCUCUCUCUGUUGACUCCAAAGCGCUCGGCCCUAUCCUCUCCGCCAUCAUUCAGGAGAUGCUCUUCGCGCUCUCUUUUCGCCUGAGGGCUUGUCUCGACCCGUGCCUCUUGUGCGGCCUCAAGACUUACCUCUCCUUCCCCGACGACAACAUGCUCCAGCUUGGCAUGGUGGCCAUGGCCGUAGCACAGGACAGCAGUUCUCGGGCGGACGUGACCUCGACAUCUCCAGGGCCUCGCUCCGAUGCUCCUGCUGCGGAGGCGGACGAGGCUUCUCCCUCCUGGCAUGACAGUGAGAAUACUCCGAAGAUAGAGCUCACCCCUCUGUCUUACAUUCCCGGGGCUCGCGUCCUCGUUCAUAUCGACAGGGUGAUGGUCUGCAUGAUCCGGGAGGUCCUCAAGGCGAGCGAGGAGGGGAACAUGUCAGUGUGGACUCACAAGCUGCUCAUGGAAGGACAGUCAAUGUGCACCGCGCAGGCGUCGGCGAUGGGAGGGAAUGCUGUGCUGCAGUACAACGUGCAGCAGAUGACCAUCAACAACAUGUCACACAAGAUGAGGGUCUAUAGCGUGCUGAUGAUCACUGGGGACGCGGUGAAGGUGGAGUACGACGGCAGCAACAGGGGGGGGCGCCAUCUGAUCAAGUGA